AUGGAGGACGAUGACAACAAUUCUGGUGAGACCGGCGUUUCAUUGGGUGAUGCUUCGACUAGAGGCAGUAAGGUUGAUUCAGAACUUGUAAUGGAUUAUAGUAAUGAAUUUGUUACUCAUGAGGGCAAAAAAUUAGCCAUAAAUGAUGAUUGGAUCUUGAUAGUUGUUUGUGGUGUGCAUAAUCAUCCUGCUGUAGAAUAUCUUAAGGGUCAUUCUUAUGCUGGAAGGUUAUCACAUGAGAAAACCUUUUUGUUGGUAGACAUGUCGAAGAGUAUGGUACGACUGAGUGAGAUAUUGGUUACAUUGAAACAACAUGAUGAUGCAAAUGCUUCCACAAUGAAGACAAUUUACAAUACACAUCAUAGGUAUAAAGUUGCUGAGAAAGACGGGAGAUCUCAAAUGCAACAAUUAUUAGGUCAAUUAGCGGUGAAUAAGUACAUUGAGUGGCAUAGGAGCUGUGCAGAUACUGAGACAGUGACUGAUUUGUUCUUUGCACAUCCUACUAGUUUGAAUUUGUUACAUGCAUUUUCAAAAGUAUUGUUGAUGGAUUGUGCUUUUAAGACCAAUCGAUAUCAGUUGCCCUUUCUGGAGAUUAUAGGUGUGACAUCGACAGACAUGACAUUUUCAGUUGCAUUUGCAUACCUCCAGUAUGAGAAGAAGGAUAACUGCACAUGGGCACUUGGUAUUUUGCGUAGUGUUAUGGAUGAAAAUAGAUAG